UCUAAAACCCAGCGUGUCUAUGAAGAGUAACACAUCUUUGGGAAGCCCCCCUAAUAUUAGCGAUGGAGCAGUGACUUCUAACCCUGACAAGCAGAAUGUCAAAGCAGCAGCCCUGCAGAGAGACACACUGCUGGAGGAGACUGAUGACAUGCAGCACAAUUCUCUCCAACCAGUGAAUGAUGUCUUGAAGAGAGUCAAAGGCCAACACAAAACCAGCAUGAAGAACAAGUAUGAGAGAUUAUUUGAAGGAAUCAAAUUAGAAAAGUAUCAAACUCUGCUGAACAGGAUCUACACACAACUCUACAUCAUAGAGGGAGAAAGUGAAGGAGUGAAUGAAGAACAUGAGGUUUUACAGAUGGAGAAAGUCAGAACACAAGACACUUUAAUCUGUUGCAAUGACAUCUUUAAACCCUUAAAUCAACCAGGAUGUGAGGUGAAAGACAAAAUCAAGACUGUUCUUACUAAAGGCAUCGCUGGAAUUGGAAAAACCAUCUCUGUGCAGAAGUUCAUUCUGGACUGGACAGAGAAAAAAGCCAAUCAGGAUGUAGAUUUCAUGUUCGUGCUUCCAUUUCGAGAGAUGAACUUGAUUAAAGAUCACCAGUACAGUCUUCACAGACUUCUGCUGGACUUUCAUCCUGAACUUCAAGAUCUGGACUCAAAGAUUUAUGAAGAGUGUAAGGUUGUGUUCAUCUUUGAUGGUCUGGAUGAAAGCAAAUUUGCACUGAUGUUUUCAGAUGAUGAGAAACUUUGUGAUGUGAAUGAGUCUUCAUCAGUGGCUGUGUUGAUGUCAAACCUCAUCAGAGGAGAGCUGCUUCCCUCUGCUCUGAUCUGGAUCACCUCCAGACCAGCAGCAGCCAAUCAGAUCCCCGCAGAAUACAUCAACCGUGUGACAGAAAUUCAGGGAUUCAAUGAGCCUCAGAAGGAGGAAUAUUUCAGGAAGAGAAUCAGUGAUGAGCAUCAAGCCAGCAGAAUCAUCUCACACAUCAGAAGAUCAAGAAGCCUCCACAUCAUGUGUCACAUCCCCGUCUUCUGCUGCAUCUCAGCUACUGUGCUUCAAAACCUUCUGGAACAAGAUGACAGUGCAGAAAUCCCUCAAACUCUGACUGAAAUGUACAUCCAUUUCCUGCUAACUCAGAUUAACAUGAAGAAUCAAAAGUAUGUUGAGAGAGAUCCAGAGAAACCCCUGAAGUCCAGCAGAGAUGUGAUUGUGAAACUUGCUGAACUGGCUUUCAAACAGCUUAUGAAGGGCAAUGUGAUGUUCUACGAGGAGGACCUGAUUGAGGGCGGGAUAGAUGUCACUGCUGCCUCAGUGUAUUCUGGGAUUUGCACUGAGAUCUUUAAGGAGGAAUCUGUGAUUCAUCAGAGGAAAGUCUACUGCUUCAUUCAUCUGAGCUUUCAAGAGUUUCUAGCCGCUUUCUUUGUGAUUUACUGCCAUGUUGUUGAGAACAUGAAUGUACUUAAGUUCUUUAUGGAAACGUGGUACAGGUUCAAUGAAAUCUCUCUGUAUGAGCUGCUACAAGCAGCAGUUAAUAAAUCAUUGCAGAGUAAAAAUGGACACCUGGAUCUUUUCCUGCGGUUUCUGCUGGGCAUGUCACUGGAGUCCAAUCAGAGACUCAUAAAGGAUCUAUUGACACUCACAGUGAACAGCUCAGAGACAAUCAACAGAAUCACACAGUACAUUAAAGACUCAAUCAAGGGUGACCAACUUUUCUUAGCUGACAGAUGCAUCAAUCUGUUCCACUGUCUGCUUGAAAUGAAGGAUCAGACUCUGUACAGAGAGAUUCAAGAGUUUGUGCAAUCAGAGAAUCUCUCAGUGAGGAAACUCUCUCCAUCUCACUGCUCAACAAUCGCCUACAUGCUUCAGAUAUCAGAGGAGGUGCUGGAUGAGUUUGAUCCGAGAAAAUACAACACAUCAGAUGUGGGCAGAAGAAGACUGAUACCAGCUGUGGUGAACUGCAGAAAAGCUCUACUUGCUUACUGUAAUCUCACUGAUCAGUGCUGUGAAGGUUUGUCUUCGUGUCUACAAUCAUCAAACUCACUGAGAGAGCUGGACCUGAGUAACAAUGACCUGCAGGAUUUAGGAGUGCAGCUUCUGUCUGAUGGAUUGAAGAAUUCACACUGUCAACUCAACAUACUGAGGUUGACAUGUUGCAGUCUUACUGGUCAGUGCUGUAAAAGUUUGUCUUCAUCUCUACAAUCAUCAAAUUCACUGAGAGAGCUGGACCUGAGUAACAAUGACCUGCAGGAUUCAGGAGUGAAGCUACUCUCUGAUGGACUGAAGAGUUCACACUGUCAGCUCAAAAUACUGAGAUUAUCUGGCUGUAUGGUGACAGAAGAAGGCUGUUGUUUUCUGGCUUCAGCUCUGAGUUCAAACCCCUCACACCUGAGAGAGCUGGAUCUGAGCUACAAUCACCCAGGACAAUCAUUAGUCAAGCUGCUCUCUGAUCCAAACUACAGACUAGACAAACUCAAUGUGGAUCAUGGAGGAGAGAUCAGGAUUAAACCAGGACUACAGAAAUAUGCAUGUGAUCUCACUGUGGAUCCAAACACAGCAAACACUUUUCUCACUCUGUCUGAGAGGAACAGAAAGAUGACACAUGUGAAAGAGAAGCAGCCGUAUCCUGAUCAUCCAGACAGAUUUGAUGAAUGUCUUCAGGUUCUGUGUAGAGAGAGUCUGUCUGGACGCUGUUACUGGGAGGCUGAAUGGAGCAGUGGUCAUAUUUUUAUAUCAGUGGCAUAUAAAAGAAUCGACAGGAAAGGAACGGGUGACUGUUGGUUUGGACACAAUGAAAUAUCCUGGUGUCUGUACGGUGUAAUGAACAGAUUCAUUGUCAAACACAAUAGUGAGAGCAAAUUGUUAUCUCUCAGUUUAAAAUGCUCUAACAGAGUAGGAGUGUAUCUGGACUGGUCAGCUGGCACUCUGUCCUUCUACAGCGUCUCUGACACACACACACUCACACACAUACACACAUUCAACACCACAUUCACUGAACCUCUCUAUGCUGGAUUUGGGGUUGAUUAUGAUAGUUCAGUUUCUUUGUGUGAGAUCAGUCAACCUCAGUCACAACUGAGACACAGUUGAGU